AUGGAGUUGAAGCUUCUCUGUGCUCGCAUAAUAAAGCGGACUGUGGGUGAACAAUAUGUGAUUUUUAACGUGAAGCUAAAUAAAGUGUUGCCUAAUAUUGUUGUCUGUGAACUGACGACAGCAGAUUCCCAUCAAUUGCUACAGUCGCCUUCACAUCAUAGUCAGUUCCUAAUUUUUGAAUUCACUUCACAUCGACAUCACUCUUAUCUUGUUAAUGAACACUGGCAGUUGCAAUCGUUUCUAAUAACCUUCAACCUACCGCCAUCACACUUCUACUUCACUCGUCAAGUCAAACAAUUGGAGAAUUUUUAUCCGCAGAAACUUAUAGUUAUUGGUGAUCUGAAGGCCAAAUGGAAGGUGGUUGAGGGGUGGAUUGUUGGAAUGGACGUUUUACAAACCUCAAUAAGUAUCACAACCCUGAUAGCUGAUGUGUUUGUAAAUCGAGAAGAUAUGCUUAAAAGAAAAGACGUGACCUUCAUCAAGUGUUUAAGUUUUCAUCUCAGCGUUACAGCGGAAUUUCGAAGUGUGUCAGGUCAUACUGUAACUUGGUGUAAGAUGUCAAGACCUUUGCACGCAAAAUUUGCUGGUCCUCGUUUGGCAGCUUUUUGCUUAUUUAGUCAUUUUUGA